AUGGUUCGAUUAGCAAAGAAAAGAAAUGAUGACGAAAAUUUGCAAUCGAAUAGUGUUUGCUCUAACCAAGAUACAUCAUUAGCAUUACUUUGUCUACCAAAUGAAUUGUUAGAAAUAAUUCUAUCGUAUCUCUCUUCCAGUGCUAUUGUUCAAUCAUUUUUUGAAAUAAACUCAGAUCGAAUACAAGCUAUUCUAUUACAAUAUCUUGUUCACUUCGAUUUUGUUCCUGUGAUGAUUGAUACAGAACAACGGAUAAAGAAAUAUUUUCGUAAUGAUACUCGAUUGUCUCAUUGUAUUUCAUCACUUCGUCUAACUGGUCGACAAAUGAACAUUCUUUCAAAAUAUAAUAUUCAAUUGAUUCAGCUUGAAUCAUUUCAUAUUAUUAAUAUUGAAGAUAAUACUGUGUUAUUUAUUGAUCUACUGAAGAUAGCGCCAUUAUUACGUUCGUUAUCCCUUGAAUAUUCAUCCGAUGACAUGUCUCAUGAUGACACUUGUUGUUUAGCUAGAAUAUUAUUUAAUAAUAACGGUGCAUGGCAGCAACAACUUCAAUCAUUAUCAAUUAAUAAAAUUUAUAUUCCAUUUGGUUUUCAAAGUGUACAACUGAUGACUAGCUUAGAACAUUUGAAAAUUAAUAUCCGAUAUGAAAAACAAUUAUUUGAUUUAUGUUGUUCUUUCCCUCAUCUUAAAUCAUUGCAUGUUGUUGUUCGAGAUUCAUCGUCUAACUCAUUUGAUCAAUUAAUGAAUAUUUCUAAUGUCUCGAAAUGUUUAAAAAAGCUGAUUAUCAUUGGAAAAUUUUCUUCUUAUUUGACAUUAUAUAAAUUUAUUUUAAUGUAUGAAUCAUCUUUAGAAGAUUUAACAUUGAAAAAUAUCUAUCAUCCAGAUCCAAUCAAUGGUCAGCAAUUACAAUCAGAACUUAUUAAACAUCUAUAUUCACUUAUUCACUUUCGAUUUCAUUUCCAAUUUCCAAUUAAAACUGAAGAAUUUCAUAAGAAAAACUAUUUACAAACAUUUGAUUGGAUACCUGUCAUGAUUGAUUCUAAAAUCGAUAAUGAGUUAACAGUCAUCACGGUUUCGUCAUUCUCAACUCAGAAUUGA